AACUGCAAUGUCCUUUCUUGCACUUUCUCGGUCGUCCAUUCGGCAAGCGUUCUCUCCGUGUCUUGCACGCGGCUAUGCCGCAAAGAGCUCGAAUACUGAACGGGUACUGAACGUAAGUGCAAAAGACACGUCGGCUGCUGAAGAAAAGACACUUUCGUCAUGUCCACCAGGUACAAUCCUGGAAGGAUUGAAUUAUCUGAAAGGACAGCCUCCAGUAAUAGCUCUACCUGAUGACGAGUAUCCUCCGUGGCUAUGGGACCUUAUGAAGCCGAAAGUAUAUGCAGAUGACGGACCUGGAGGGAAGGCAGAGAAGAAACGGCUCAGAAGGGAGAAUCAACAACGUAUCAAAGACCAGAACUUCAUGAAGACACAGUAAUAUAACGAUGACUCUGAGCGGCGAGAACUGGUUGCGCUAGAUGGGGCCGUGUCAGUUGAGACGUGAGUUACCUUAUUGGUACUGUGUCGAAAUGUGCUGCUUCGUGUUGAAAAUGAUAAUAUUCGCAUCUUUGAACACGUGC